GAGCGGAGAGGACACCAAGAGCGAGGAGAAAGAGGAAGAGAAGAGUGAAGUCAGCAGCGAGGCCACGGGAGAGGACAAGAGUGAGAGCAGGAGUGAGAUGGAGGACGCCAACCAAGAGCAGGAAAGGAUCUACCGCGAGCUGGGACAAGACAUGGAGGCGGCGGCAGUGAGUGGUUACAACGCUUGUAUUCUCGCCUACGGACAGUCAGGCUCAGGAAAGACUUACACCGUCUUGGGACAUAAGGAAUCUCCCGGCUUGGCCCCCAGGAUAUGCCAGGGACUCCUCACCCGCCUACAGCAGAGGUACGCCCCGGACGAACUCUGCGCGCAGGACUUCUCGCUCACCCUAAGCCUAGUUGAGAUCUACAAUGAGAGGGUGCGAGACCUGCUCACGGGCAAUGACCAGGGGAGGCACCUGCGGGUACGGGAGCAUCCCCACACAGGCCCUUACGUUGAUGGUGUGACCCGCCACCCCAUCACAGAUACGAGUGAAGCGUGGGCGUUGCUAGAACGUGGGCGUGCGAGUCGCAGUGUGGCUCCCACGGCUUCCCACGCUCAUUCGUCGAGGUCCCAUGCCCUGCUGACCUUAGAUGUGACCCAGCCCGCCGCCCACACUCGCUCGGCGUUAACAUUGGUUGACCUUGCAGGGAGUGAACGAGCAAGCGAGGAAGUUGACAAGACGAGGUUGACAGAGGGAGCCAGCAUCAACCGCUCGCUCGUGACGCUUGGCAACGUCAUCUCUGCUCUAGCUGAACGCGGUGCUGCCUUAGGAUCCACGGUGGCGAUGUCCCCCCUGGGCUCCAACCUCUCCCUCUACAGCGCCACCUCCCGCCCUUCCUACGCGCAGUCCCACACCACAGUCCCCGACGGAUAUCCUCCCGAAGGACAGAGGAAGGCUUCCAAACUGCCCUUCAUUCCUUAUAGGGAUUCGGUGCUGACCUGGCUCUUAAAAGACACGCUUGGAGGCAAUGCUAAAACUUUGAUGAUUGCAACGAUGUCUCCGUCAAGCACUAGCUUUUCCGAGACCGUUGCAACAUUACGCUAUGCCACACGUGCGCGUUGCAUCGUCAACAUGCCCGUGGUGAAUCUUGACUCUGGCACAGCCACUAUCAGGAGCUUGAAGAAAGAAGUGGCUGCCCUUCGGAGGCUGUUAUGUGAUGCUAAUCCUUCUGUCAUGCAGUCACUUGGCGCAAGUGGAACUGCACUGCUGGACUUGAUCUCAAACGCAUCAACCUCGGACCUCACCCGAGACUGGAUUGAUCGCCUGCAAGUGGAGGCGACGAGCGACCACAAGAGAGUGCGGAGAAGGAGCGCCCCCGUCGGCCGAGGGUCCUCCGGCAAGAUGAACCGCUCGACGUCCUCCCUCGUCAGCGUGGAUGCGGGGCAGAGCUCGUGCGGGCCCAGGGACGUCAUCGUGGAGACGGAGCUGCCCUACCUGCUCAAUACGCUGGACGACCACAACGCCUCCAGCAUCAUUAUUUAUCAUAUACAGAGCGGAGCCUCCGUUGUGGGGAGUGGAGAGAAUGCAGAUUUGCACCUCAGCGGGCCGGGGGUAGCUCCGUCACACUGCACGCUGGCACAUGCGCGUGGUGCUGUUACACUCAGGUGCUUGACAGGCUGCGAGGUGGAAGUAGAUGGCCAAGUGCUUGCGGAAGGAGGCGCAAGGAGACUGAAAGACGGAGAUGUCAUAACCAUCGGGUCUCGGGCCUUCACCUUCACACGCCGACGCGGGCUCGACCAAGAUCCAAGUCCUGCCCACGCCACGAGGCUGGAGCGGAGAGGCCAAGGCGGCGCUCAGAAUGCAGGUCAGGCCGCCUGCACCGACAGCAAGAGCAAGCAGCACCUUCCAGGAGGCGCAGGUGUGGAGGCGACGCUGGGCUGCGCGUGAGGGUAGUGGAUAGAGUGAUGGGCCAAGGUCAUACCCACGUGGAGGACGAGUGCACGGACAGUGAGGAGGAGAAGUUUUAUAACAGUGAGUUAGAGGACAGUCAGAGCGAGUGCGAGGAGGACGCAUGCGAUAAACGUGUCACUAUGGAGGCCA